CUUGAACUGGCUGAAAGGGAGGGGAAGGAGAGAAAAAGGAAGCUAUCUCGAUAAGUUUUUGUGUUUAUUUCUGCAACGUUACACAAACUUAGACUGAUAAUAGGGAUGGCUGGAGGCCCUGUGAUGGUUCUGGUGCUGUGCGGAGACUCCUGAGAGGGAGGGGGGCGCUUCAGCUUCUGCAUAACUGAUGACAACUUCAUAUUCAUAAGACUUUCUGAGGCCUUGGCCCUCGAGUGGCUACAAAGAGACCCACCAUGUCGUCUAACUUGGACUCCAGUCUUACCAGCAUCGACUGGCUGCCUCAGCUGGGAAUCAGCAGCCUUCGCUCGGGGAGGGAGCGAGGAGGCGGAGGGGAGAGAGACAAGAGGAGAGACAGAGGGAGAGACAGCGGUGAACUCUUGACUUCGCUGGCAGAUCCCUCGCCUUCCAACACUAAAGGCAAACCCCCUCACAGCUAUGCCACUCUCAUCGCCAUGGCGAUAGGAGCCUCGCCUGAGAGGAAGCUGAGUUUGAACGACAUCUACACCUGGAUCAGCGAUGCCUUCCCGUACUACAGCCGCGCAGGCCGGGGAUGGAAGAAUUCCAUUCGUCACAACCUGUCCCUCAACAAGUGCUUCAGGAAAGUGCCGCGGCCUCAAAAUGACCCAGGCAAGGGGUCUUAUUGGACCAUGGACGGACCUGGGGUCAUCAGUCAAGUGAGAGCUCCCAAACGUCCACACCCGAAAGAAGAGGAGGAGGAGGGAGGUCUGGAGAUUUCACGCGCCCCAGAUCAAGGUACCUCACCACAAUACUCCCAACCUGCCGCCCAGUGUGACUCCCAGCAGCAGAGCUCCUCCCACCAGCCUUCACCUCAUCAUCCCUCGCUCUCUCCUCCCCCCUGCAAGCAGCAGUCUCUGUACACACCUGUUCCUCACCCUCCAUGCGUCCCCACCAUGCGACCGGUGGCUCCCCCUCCUCCCACCUUCUCUCCUGCCUGCCUGCCAUCCUCUACCCCUGUGGUCUCCUCCUACUCUCAGUCUGCUCUCUCCUUCCCUGCCACCUCUGCUUCCUGUGUGCCCACCGUGACCCCUGCCUGCUCUGCCCCCGCUCACUCCCACGGUCCAGCUCCUGUGGUCUCCUUGAACGCCUCCAUGGAUCCUCCGCUCCGAUUCACCUUUGACGAGAUGAACCUGCCGGACUUGUACGCCUCGUUCAAGUCUCUGGUCAAGACGAUGCGGGAGAGAGGAGGCUCCCAGUCUGAGGUGACUCCUCUGGCUGCACCCAACAACGACUUCACCCCCCUUCACACUCCAACUCUGCUGCCCAUGUCUCCUCAUCCUCCUCCUCCUGUGGCUCCUCCAGCGGCCCACCCGCCUGACACGGACCGCCCCCCUCAUUGCACGGUACCAGCUGACUGGUUCAGUAGCCCGGACUCUCUGAAAGAAAGCUUCCGUAUCGCCAGCAACCUGGACUGGGCCAACAUCGACCUGUCCAGUUACCCAGACUUGCUGGAAAGCAUGCGGCAGGCGGAGCUCUGCGACUGGGCCCUGGACCCGGCCCUCUUCACAUCCCUCUGUGACUCCCUCAACCGCUUCUUCACUCACAAGGGGAUGAUCAGUUCUGGGAACAACUCUCCGCUGGCUCCCGGGGCGCCUCACUCUUUCCCCACCCACCCCUUCGCCCCACAUCCUCCCCCCACGCUCGACAGCCUCACCCAGCCUUCUCCUCUCACCUACUCGCCCGGAGUCACCAACGGAGGGCAGGGGUCGAGGAGGGGUCUUCACAUGCCGACACACCACCUCCCCAGGCACCAGCUGACCCAGCCGGCAAGCAAUGCUGCUGGAAUGGCACCACAGGCCAUGGCACCUCGACCUCGUCCUCCUUUAAAGAGCCUCCAUAGCAACAGUGAGGAAUUCCAGGAUGACUUUGACUGGGAUUCUCUCUUGGUUUAAACCAGAACUCUUUACUUCACUCCUCUAAUUUCUUCAGAGCUUCACCAUUUACACAUUUCUGUUGCAUUUUUUUCUUCUGACGUUUUCCCACCACAUAUAAAAAAAACCCCAUAAAAUCCAGCAUGAAACAACGCUCCUGGGUUUUGUUUUUUAAUUUCAUAAAUUUCUUUAGAUUAUUUUUUUUCCAUUUCACUUUUCAAAUGUGAAUGUUCACAGUCAACACCACACAAAAAUUCAACCUUACCCGAUAAAAGAUAUUCUUCUGUUGAUAUAAAAUAACAAUAAAUUCAUCAAAGUAAAUUAAAAAGAACAGCAUGAAGCAUAAUGUCAAGUUCUGGUUUGUUCCUUGAAUUGUCUUUUUCUUUUUUUCCACAAGAAGCAUCAGUAGCUUUUCCUCUUUGAAAUAAAGAGGGAUGAAACAUGAGGACAUGGGGAUCUCUUAUGAAAGUGAUUGUAAAAAUAGUGUUUGGAUUUAAAAAAAAAAAAAAGCAGAAAUAUGUGACCCUUGAAAUUAAGAUUUAACAUUUAGAAAUGCGAAGCUCUUCAGUCCUCGGAGUCUCUGAAAUAAAGUGGAACACAAGAGGGCGACGGCACACCAACACAGAAGCAGGAGCUAUUGGCUUUUCAGUGUUAGCGCAUCACAUGGCGACACACAUUCAUUCCCCUCGUUUCACUGCACAGCCUUCAUCAAAAAAGCAAAGCAUUUGAUGUGAAAUGGCAUCGUCACGUCCCACUUGUGUUGACUCACUGUUUAUUUGUUCCCCCACAGUGGGGAGAAAUAAAUUAUAUAACAGUAAAGCUUGAAAUGUUGG